AUGGGAAUUCCUCAGUAUAAGGAGUCAUCAGACGAUGCUGCUGCAAAUAUCACAGACUCGGAGCAAUUGAUCGCACGCUUCGGUCGUCUUCAUGUCCUAGAUGACCUCAUCCGCUUAAGGGCAGCAGAUCCUGUCCAGCUUCCCAUCCUAGCCUAUCCGAAGCCGUCCAACGAUGAUGGGAUUUCUUAUGAAUACUUCACUGGGCAGGACCUAGACUGCAUGGUCGACCAAACCGUGUCCACAUUAAUCGAUUGUGGUUUCAAACCACCUCGCAAUGAUGGAGCUGUGGUCGCCCUGUUCACCCUGUCGGAUCUCAACAUGGUGGUUACCUUCUUCGCGCUUAGCAGAUUAGGGUACACGGUUAUGAUGGUCUCUCCACGGCUGUCUGCUGCGGCGUGCGUAUCACUCCUGGACAUGGUCGGCUGCGACACGAUCCUCUAUGGGCAAACACCAAGCAUCCGUGCCACGAUGGGUGAAAUUCUCCGUCUGAAAUUAGUCGCAUGUCGGCCGAUCAUUCAAAGACCGUCUCUGGAUGCCCCCCAAGAGACUGACGUCUUGGUCCUACACCGAACCCGGAACCCAGAAGUACAAAAACAAAAGAUCGCUUUAAUCCUCCACUCCUCUGGGUCCACAGGUCUGCCAAAGCCUCUUUACCUCAGUCACAAAGCCAUCAUGACCCAUCCAAUGCGGGGCCCGGGCCUAACAUCCUUCAACUCCCUGCCGUGGUAUCACCUACACGGCUUGUCGACUGCCCUGCAGGCAAUGUACAUGAGAAAAACCGCGUAUAUGUGGGAUGCGUCGCUCCCCCUAACAGCAUCAUCAGUCACUUCAGCGCUUGAGGCCGCUAAACCUGAAUCCGUUCAGGGCGUUCCUUAUCUUCUCCAACUUCUCAUCGAUAGUCCAAAGGGCCUCGAUGCUCUGAGACAGUGUAAGCUAGUGACAUAUGGUGGCGCACCAUGCCCUGAUGAAUUGGGCGAUCGCCUCGUGGCAGAGAAAGUACACUUCGGCGGCUCGUUUGGUCUAACGGAGGCUGGUCUUGUAGCAGAGUCCCUCUCCCGUCCAUCAGGCGAUCCUUUCUGGAAUUAUGUGAAGUUCUUUGAGAAUCUCCGCCCCUUCAUCUGGAUGAAGCCCGUCGGUACAGAUCUAUAUGAAUGUGUGUACCUCGCUGGUCAUCCAGCACUGACGGCAUCGAAUUCGGAUGAGCCUCCAGGGUCAUACCAUUCCCGAGACGUCUUCACGCCACACCCUACUAUUCCUGACAGAUGGAAGUACGUCACCCGAUUGGAUGAUCGACUUACCCUUGUCAAUGGGGAGAAGGUGCUGCCCCUGCCUAUUGAGGGAUCCAUUAAGCAAAGCCCAUUGAUUCAAGAGGCUGUUGUCAUUGGAGUGGGCAAAUCCGUCCCAGGCCUUUUGAUCUUUCGGUCAGACGAGGCAAGAAGUUUCACCGACGAACAGUACCUCGAUCUUAUCUGGCCCACAGUGGAGGACGCAAACUCCCGAGCUGAGCAGUUUUCCCAGAUCUCCCGGGAUAUGAUCACGAUCUUACCCGUUGGCUCGAUCUGUCCCCGGACGGAUAAGGGAUCGAUGAUUAGAGCGCAAGUAUAUGCAAAAUAUGCUGAUGUGAUCGAGGAGGCGUACAGUAAGCUUGAACAAACUACUGACGGUACCCUUAAGCUAGAUCAAAGUAACACGGUAGCUCAUGUCAUGAGAGUUUGUCGAGAAGAGCUCGGGUUCCCCAUCUCAAGCCCGGAUUCUGACUUCUUUUCAGAGGGAGUUGAUAGUCUAAAAGCAAUCCAUCUGCGUCGAUUGAUCCUGGGAGAUUUCAAGAUCACAGACAGCAAGACUAUUGGUCAGAACGUCGUCUUUGAAACGGGGAGCGUCUCCCGCUUGGCAGAGUAUAUUCAAGCCGUGCAAAGUGGCCAAGAUACAGAGGUGGAAGACGAGGUGUCAUUGAUGCCCGGGCUGAUUGAAAAAUAUUCGACGUUCCGCAUGCACACACCCAAUCCCAGCAUCGUCUCAAACAGCAGGAGUGUAAUCCUUACCGGUGCUACUGGGUCCAUUGGCGCGCACACGCUUUUCAAACUUUUGAAUGAUGAUACAGUAUCUGCCGUGUACUGCCUGACACGACGGGAGCAGCCAAAAGAAGAGAUCCUAGAUGCUCUCGCAAAGAAGGGCCUAGAGGUGAUGCCUUUCCGCACAAAGAAGAUCAUCGCGCUCAAUAGUGCGCUGGACAAGCCUGAUCUCGGCGUUGGCAAAGAAAUGCUGGCAGAGAUGCAGCGAUCAGUGUCACUGAUCAUCCACACAGCUUGGCCAGUCAAUUUCAACCUCCCUCUCGCCAACUUCGAGCCUCACAUCCAAGGGGUAUACAAUCUCAUCCAGUUUUCUUUAUCGGUGCAUCUUCCUGCCCCAGCCGUGGUACUGUUCUGCUCAUCUAUAUCAACGGCUCUCGGUGCCCCAACGUCCGCCAUCGACGAGGCGCCUCUUGACGACCUGAAUAGCGCCCUUGAAAUGGGUUACGGUCGCUCGAAGUUGAUUGGGGAGAAUAUUGUGAGCAAUGCUCGAAAAUCGGGCGCUCGAUCCUUCUCCUUGAGGAUUGGUCAGGUCUCAGGACAUUCAAAGAAAGGUCUUUGGAAUGAUUCGGAGGCCAUACCACUUAUGAUCCGAUCAGCCUUGACACUCAAGGCCCUUCCCCAGCUCGAUACGAGCUGCUCAUGGAUUCCCGUAGACAAACUGGCCUGUUCCGUUCUCGAAAUUGCCAAGGCCUGCUCAGUCAAUACACUAGAAGAUUCGGGAGGAGAUGCGACGACCAACCAGCAUAUCGACGACACGAUAUACAACUUAUCCAAUCCUCGAGCGUUUACCUGGUCCGAUCUUCUAGAUGCCCUGCGGCGGAGUGGAUUCGACUUCCAGACGGUCCCCUUCCACAGCUGGCUGCAAAUGCUGCGCGACAGCGAGUCCCGAGGCGAGGAGACGAUCAAUCCGGCCGUCAAGCUAGCAGACCACUAUGAGGCCAUGUACGGCGAGGAGGCGCCACCACCCAAGACCUUCGUCACUGAGAAGGCCGAGCGAGACAGCAACACACUCCGGAACGGUCGCUUAAGGAUCAUCCAAGAUGGGAUCUUGAAUCGGUAUGCCCAGGAUUGGUUGCGGCGCUGGAAGACCACAUAG